AUGGGACGCAGGAUUCGCUACAGCCGCCCAAAGUCCUCUCCGCCGGAGACGCUUCUAGAUUUCCUCUGCACACGCUUCUCGUACCUCUCACGCGACGCGUGGCAGCAGCACAUCUCGGCGGGGCAUCUGUCGGUAACCAGCAAGGACGGCGUGUCAACGUCCGCGGCCUAUGUGCUGCGACAGAGUGAUGAAAUACACUUCGAUCCGCCUCGGGAGCUGGAGCCAGAGGUGGAUGAACACAUUGAUGUCGUGCACGACGACGAGGCGAUUCUCGUGUGCGUCAAGAACGGCAAUCUCCCCGUCGCAGAGGGGGGACGGUACUCCAGCAACACAUUGGUGGGUGUCCUGCAGCGGUGCAGCACAGCAGCCGUGGCUUCUGCAUCAGCUUCAGAUAGUGCCAUCCCCAUUACUGCUACUACUACUACUACUACUUCUAAGGGGACUGAGGAGCGGAAGCGAAGACGCAGCAGUGAGGAGCAUGCGGCAGGGGCUUCUGCUGCUCCGUUGGCAUAUCACCCCGUUCAUCGUCUCGACAAGGAGACAUCCGGACUCGUUGUGCUGGCGAAGCAGGCCACCGCCGCGCGGCUCCUCUCAACGCAGUUCGAGCAGCAGUCCGAGCGGCUUACUGCGAGUGUGUUGCAGCUGGCCGAUGCUGCUGGCGGGCAGCUAGGCUCUGCGGCGGUUGAUGCGCUCGUGGAGGGGGCGAAGUCCGUCACAAAGUCGUACAUCGCCGUUCUCGCCGGUGCGGCCCCCGAAGGCGCCGUCUUUGUCGUGUGUGACCGCAUCGGACUGCUAUCAGAAGGCGCAGAGCCGGGCGCGAGCGAGCACGCGAAGCUGCAGAAGCUCAAGAUGGCAUGCUUCCCUGCAAGCGUGCAGGAGAACCCGCGACGCCUCGGCCGGGCGGCGUGCUCGCGCAUUCGUAUCCUUCGCAGCGACGCGGCGCUUGGUGUCUCUGUCGCGUGCGUGGAUAUUCUCACGGGGCGCACGCACCAGAUACGGCUGCACUGCGCCCAGCUAGGUUUCCCUGUGCUUGGCGACAAGUUGUACGAGACGGCAACACCGGGUGUGGUGGGCGGGUGCCGUGCCGUUGCGGACGACACGUACCUGGCGCGUGUGCGUGGUGGUGUGUAUAUGAUUAGCGCUGCAGCGCCGCGGCUGCGGGUGCGCCGGCAUCUUUUGCACGCCGCUGUGUUGGCGUUUCGUCACCCUAUCAGUGGUGAGCGUCUGGAGUUCUUUGCCGAUCCGCGUGAGUGGCUCCUCCGCGAUGUUACGGAGGUUGAUGAUGAGGCCGCAGAUGUAGCAUCGACUGCGGGAAAAAGAAGCAACACGAACACUCUUGUAGAGUUGCGUCAGUUGUUGGAUAAGGUCAUGGAUGCACGGAGCGUUUCUGCCGCACAUCUCUCACAGUCUCUACCGCCUCUGUAA